UGCAUUAUGGGUAUGUCAGGUGGGUUGGGUUGGAGAUGAACGCUACUUCAGAACGAAAACAAACAUGGGUUCCAAGUCAAAAACUGGAUUAAUUGCAACGAGUUUUGCUGUUUUGGCGUUUGUUUUCGUCCUUAUUGCUUUCGUAACACCUUGCUGGCUUGAAACAGAUGGUCAGCUAGAGAAACCAAAGUUCAUAAGAAUAGGUCUGUGGCAAGUGUGCUUCAAAGACUUUGAAGACACCCGUCAUUAUUAUGACACAAAAUUCUAUCAAUGUUGGUGGGUCUUUGAGGAAGAAUACUACAUAAUUCAUGACAUUCUACUUCCAGGAUUCUUUGUGGCCACCCAGUUUUUCUUCACUUUAUGCUUCACAUUGUUAUUGAUUUCAACAUUCCUAGUUGCCUUGUACAUUUGUUGUCACAAAGACCAUUCUAGAUAUGUUCUACUGCUUUUGGUAAUUGGUAGCUGCCUCAUCAUAGCAGCUUUGUCAGGCACCAUAGCAGUCAUCGUGUUUGGAGCAAAUGGCGACAGUCGAGUUUGGAUGCCUAAUUGGGAGCAUAAUGAUAUUUCCUGGUCCUAUGCAUUGGCUGUGCUAGGCACACUGUUCUUGUACAUCUCAGGUGUUCUCUAUCUGGUGGAAGGUAGAGUGAUCAACAUGAAGCGUAAGAUGGCAGAUCAAGCUGAGGGGGGUUACCACAUGGAGACACGUAAAACAUCUCAGACCACUAUAUGAAAUCAAACUCAUGUUUAAAGCACAAUGAAUGUAUACAAUGUACAUUUGCACAAUUAUUCCAUUCCAUUUGAGGAUAAAUGUUAUAUUGUUUUUCUCAAUUUUCUUCUUCAAAUUAAAAUUUGAAGUUCGGUUUCUUAAGUUGGUGUUGUAAAAACAUCCUUUUUUUUUCAACUUUUUUAGCUGUGUUAGUUUGGCUUAAACUUGUAGCCAAUGUCAGUGUGUACUCUAAAAACAAGUCCGUCCUUAUUGAGAUAUUAUGAAUUAAUUUAUUCCUGUUGCAAUGCUGCUUUGCCUCAGUUAUAUUUGUACAUGUUAGAAAUAUUUUAUUGUAGCUAAAAUUGUAUACCCCUGUAAGUUUGGUGCCUUUGCCAGGAUUCAUAUCCUGUUGACAAAUAUUGAGGAUUUGACUCUAAUGUUACCAGUUUUAAUUGAUUUAUUUUAUAAGCAUUCCUCUCAUCUCUUCCAUUGUGAAUUAUGUUUUGAUAUUCAUAUUUUUACCAGAAAUGUUUUGUUUCACUUUAAAUGAAACUUUUAUAUAGUGAUAUUGAUCACAUAAGUGAAAACAGUCUGUUUUAUUCUAAUAUUGCAUUGUUUUUAAACUUUACAUAGAUUUAUGAAAGAUCUUUCUCAAGAAUCUCAUUUUAUACUAUCAUCAGAUAUAACAUGCAAGUGCCGACAACGUAUUACGUUCACAAUGUACUGGAUUUGUAUCUCAAUUACUUCUUGUAAGAAGUCUGUAAGACUGCACUCCUCUAGUGUCCUGAGCGCCAACAGUAUUUAUGAAUCACAGCUAUAGAAUGAAUGAUGCUUUGCAUUCUUGGAAAGUUAUACGAUCUUACUAAAUGGUACAAAUUGUGUUUCCCUAUUUACAAGUUAGUAUGUCACAAUGUCACAAUAUUGUCUAUGAAUGGACCCUUAGUAUCUUUUUACAUAUUUCAUUUCAAAAUGUUUCCCAUUACUUCAACAUUUUUUAACUGAAUGUGGUGACAUUUUAAUGAAAAGUAUGCUCAUUGUGCUAUUUCACAGCACUCAAGUUUUAAUAAUGUACAGACUUAAUCAAGUUCCGUAUGUGCCUUAGAACUUACAAUUGGAAUGUUUUUGUAGGUGAAUGUGUUAUGUGGGACUUAAAGUUUUGAACAAAAUGAACUGCACCCUUGUUGAUUUUAGUGUCUUUGCCCAUCUCUUUUUUAUGUUUAUUUAUAUCACUGAAUGUGCCUUUUGUGAAUAGACCAUACUUAAGAAACUUUCAAAA